AUGCUCGCGCGCAGAGAGAAGGCGCCGUGGGGAUUCGUGAAGUACAUUCAUCUUCUCCGGCAUCCAGUCGAGGAUUUCCGGGAUUUGCAGGCCGUGCUGGAUGAUCUCGAUCGCAAUGCCGCGCGCGCGAGCUCCUUGCCGCAGCAAGAUUGGGCGCGCAUUCUCCAGGCCUGUGGACGGCUCAAGGGGCUUGCACUAGGGAAGCGCUUCCACACACACUUGGCGGGCUUGGAUCAGCUGGACAGGGAUCCGAGCGUGGGAAUCCCGCUCCUCAGCAUGUAUUGCAAGUGCGAGAGCGUCGAGAUCGCAAAAACAGUGUUUGAUCGUCUCCGCGAGAGGGGAGCUGUGGCGUGGACGAUGCUCAUCGGCGGAUAUGCCCAAGCCGGGCAUCAGGGAGUCGCACUUCGUUUGUUCAAGGCGAUGAUGCUGGAAGGGGUGAGGCCGAGCGAGGUGACCAUCAUCAAUGCGCUCACGGCGUGCUCCAGCCCCCGGGAGCUGCGAGAUGGAGCUUUGAUCCAUCUGUGUGCUGCCGAGAGCCAGGUGGAUUGCGAGAUAGCAGUCGGGAACACGCUGGUGAGCAUGUAUGGCAAGUGCGGAAGCUUGCUCGAUGCCAAGGCGGUGUUCUACAGCAUGCCUUUGAGAGACCUCGUCUCCUGGAGCAUCGCAAUCUCGGCCUGCUCCAGGUACCAGGGCUGCGAGGCCGACGUUCUGGAUCUCUUCCAGCGGAUGCUGCUCGAGGGGCUAUCGCCAAAGCAUCUCACUCUCGGGAUUGUUCUCAACGCUUGCGCUCGGAUCGAAGCUCUGGAGCGAGGUAUGUCGAUCCACCAGAGCUUGGUGCAAAGUGGGAUGACCACCCUGAACUACGCUGUUGGGAUUGCUCUCAUCAACUUGUAUGGCAGGUGUGGGAGACUCGAGGGCGCUUGCGAUGCGUUCCAGGCGAUCGAGGAGCGCACAGUUGUGUCGUGGAACUCGAUGAUGACGGUUCUAAUCCAGCACGGGAGCUGCAAGAGAGCUGUGAGCUUGUUCCACGAGAUGCUCCAGCAUGGCUUUAAGCCGACUAAGGUAACUUUCAUGACGAUCCUGAGCUCUUGCACGAAGAGGUCGCAGCUUACUGACGCUCGCUUUCUUCAUUUUGCCGCAGCUCAAUGCGGUUUCGAGAGGGAUGUCUCCGUCGCGAACGCGCUCAUAAGCAUGUACGAUGCUUGCGGGAACUUGGAGGUCUCGGAAAGGAUUUUUUCGGGAAUGGAGGUGAGGGAUACCAUCUCUUGGAACGGGAUGAUAUCGGCUUACAUCCAGCACGAGCAGACGAGCAUGGCCAAGACACUGUUUAGGCUAAUGCUCUGCGAGGGCGGAGAACCAGACCGAGCGACUUUGGCUCACGCGCUCAACGCUGCUGCCAGCCUCAAGGAAGUGGAGCUCGUUCACGGGAUAUCAUCUGCUGGAACGGGAUGA